UUUCAGUGGGAUCCAACAGGUUCCAUUUCUCAGUUUCCCGCCACAUUGAAAAACCGAAACAAAACCAGACCAAGUAAGAGUACAUUCAUGGAGCAGACAUCCAAACUCAGAAGGACACUGUUAAAGAACACGAACAAUCCAAAAUUAGCAUGGGAAAUCUUCAAGCGAAUACUUUCCUCCCCAUCCAGUCAACCUUUUUCCUUGGUUCCCACCAUUACCCGUAUCCUCAUUCAGGCCAAAAUGCUUGACAAAGUCGAUAACCUUCACAAUCUCCUCCUACUUAAACAACCACAGAACGCAUCUCAUUCUUCUCUCAUCUCCCUUGUCAAGAUUUUGGCUAAAUUGGGUUUCUAUGAUGAGGCGUUUUUGCAGUUCAAAUCUAUCAGAACUCGUUUCCCUGAAAACCCACCCUCCAUUAAUUCGUAUAAUAUGUUGUUUGAAUGUUGCAUAAGAGAAGGACGUGAAGAUUACGUGUUAUGGUUGUACAGGGACAUGGUUGUUGCUGGGGUUUCCCCGGAGACUUAUACUUUUAACCUUCUAAUUCGUGCUUUAUGCGAUUCUGGUUGUUUGGAGGAUGCCAGAGAGCUGUUUGAUAAAAUGCGUGAGAAAGGUUGUCAACCUAAUGAGUUCACUUUUGGGAUUUUGAUUUGUGGGUAUUGUAGGGCUAAUCUUGCUGAUGAAGGAUUGGAGCUUUUGGUUGGGAUGAGGAACUUUGGUUUUUCUCCGAAUUUGGUUCUGUACAAUACUCUUAUUUCAAGUUUUUGCAGAGAAGGUAGGACUGAUGAUGCCGAAAAAUUAGUUGAUAGGAUGCGGGAGGAUGGUUUGUUCCCAGAUAUUGUAACCUUCAAUUCUAGGAUAUCAGCUCUUUGUAAGGCAGGUAAAGUUCUAGAAGCUUCUAGAAUUUGCAGAGAUAUGCAAAUAGAUGAGGAGGCAUUGGGGCUGCCUCAGCCUAAUAUCAUAACUUACAAUUUAAUGCUGAAGGGAUUUUUCCAGCAAGGAAUGUUAGAAGAAGCCAAGGCCCUGACUGAGGCCAUGAGAAGAAACCACAAACUCACGAAUUUGGAGACCUAUAAUAUUUGGUUGCUGGGUUUUCUGAGAAAUGCAAAGCUUGUAGACGCUCAAAUAUUUCUUAAAGAAAUGACAGAUAAGGGUUUAAAACCAAACAAUUAUUCAUAUAAUAUUUUGAUGGAAGGGCUGUGCAAAAAUGGAAUGCUAUCGGAUGCAAGAAUGGUCAUGGGUAUAAUGAUAAGUAGUGGUCUUUCCCCAGAUACAGUAACUUUCAGCACUUUACUCCAUGGAUACUGUAGUAAAGGUAGAGUAAAUGAAGCCAAUAAUGUUCUAAACGAGAUGAUGAGGAACAAUUGCUUCCCAAAUACUUAUACUUGCAACAUACUGCUGCACAGUCUGUGGAAAGAAGGAAAGAUAUUGGAAGCUGAAGAGUUGCUAAAAAAGAUGAAUGAGAAAGGUUAUGACUUGGAUACAGUCACCUGCAAUACAGUGAUUGAUGGUCUAUGUAAUAAUAGGAAAUUGGAGAAAGCCAUUGAAAUUGUGAAUGCAAUGUGGAGUCAUGGAAGUGCUGCUCUUGGGAACCUAGGAAACUCUUAUAUAGGCCUAGUUGAUGAUAGAAAAAAUAAGAAGAAAUGCAUGCCUGAUUUGAUUACGUAUUCAACCUUAAUUAGAGGUUUAUGCAAAGCUGGAAGGGCUGAAGAAGCUAAGAAAAAGUUCAUUGAGAUGCUGGCAAAAAAAGUUCAACCUGAUUCAUUUAUAUAUGAUACUUUUAUAGAUACUUAUUGCAAGGAAGGAAAGAUAUCAUCUGCAUUUCGUGUUCUCAAAGACAUGGAGAAGAGAGGCUGUAACAAGAGCCUACAAACAUAUAACUCGUUGAUCUUGGGUUUUGGAAGUAAAAAACAAAUAUUUGAGAUCCAUGGACUUAUCAAUGAAAUGAGAGAAAGAGGGAUUUCUCCCAAUGUUUGCACUUAUAACAAUAUGAUUAGAUGUCUAUGUGAAGGAGGAAAAAUACAAGACGCGAUGUACAUCUUGGAUGAAAUGCUACGGCAGGGCAUAUCCCCUAAUAUUUCAUCCUUCAGAAUGUUGAUUGGAGCUUUGUGCAAAGCAUCCAAUUUUGAGGUCGCAAAGGAGGCAUUUGAUACUGCUUUGAGCAUAUGUGGCCACAAGAAAGCCCUUUAUAGUUUAAUGUUCAAUGCGUUUCUAGCAGGACAAGAGGUUUCAGAAGCUAAAAACUUAUUUGAAGCUGCAUUAGAUAGAUCUUUUGAUCUGGAGAACUUUCUAUACAAAGAUCUCAUUAACCAACUUUGCAAGGAUGAAAAAUUAGAGAUGGCUAGUGGGAUAUUAUGGAAGAUGAUAGAUAAAGGAUAUGUGUUUGAUCCAGCAUCGUUCAUGCCAGUGAUUGAUGGCCUUGGUAAAAAGGGAAAUAAACAUGAGGCUGAUAAACUUGCUGAGAGAAUGAUGGAAAUGGUGUCAGGCGAUAGGGUGGAAAAUAAAGUCUGCCAAAAUGCCAAGGAUUUAGACCGAAGAAGACAGAAUGAGAACAGUGGGAAUGACUGGCGAACCUUAGUGCACAGAGAUGAUGGCAGUGGGAUUGCAUUCAAAGCCAUUAAGCGGGUAGAGAAAGGCUGGGGUCAGAGAAGUAUACUACUUUCCCAACACCAGAAAAAUGACUUUCUGGAGUACUGGGAAAUCAAUGGUGGCUAAAUCACUUAAAAUUUCCUGUAUUUGGGAUGAAUAGCGGGAUGCUGAGUCAUAUAAACCCUUUGUAAAUACUUCAGUUGUGAAGCAAUUACAAAAGAAGACUGUUUAUAAAAAGGUGGAUGAGAAACAGAUCAAGUUAAGUCAAAAAGGAAACGCUAUAGAUGGCUUUAUCAUCUUCAAAGCAGGGUGAUGCAUACUCUAAUUUGGACGAGCCUAACCCGUGUAUAUAGAAGGUCUGGAAACAGGUCUGGAAGGUUCACAAAUUGCAUUUACUGUAAUGUUCUCGAGGAACAUAUUGAGGUUAUGGCCCUGGACCAGAUGCAAUAAAACAAAAUACAAAAUCUCGAGACCUUGCUUGGGAGCAAUCUCAGUUGGGCAGCUAAGUUCAUUUUCUCUUCAUAUACUAUGAUAUGAGCUUAAAGAAGGGUUUGCUACUUGCAGAAACGUGGUAGUCUAAUUUACUACAAGUUUUACCAUUCUGUCUGCAUAGCAAGUGUAGCCCACAUAAAUGUCAUUAAAGAUUCAUUAAUUCUAGCUUGGAAGAUUUUGUAAAGUAUGAACGAAGGGGCAGAAGAAGAUAUAUUCUUCCAAGAUGAAUGCAUUAGUAUUCAAUACACAUUAUGGCAUAUUGGUUUCCCGAGUUACAGAUAUACUUUCUGGCUCAUGUAUUUCCUAACAUAUGGAUUUGUACUUGCAUCAGAGUAAUCUAAUGCAAAAAGCAAAUAAUAGUGCCUCAAUUGUACUGAAAUAUUCCAAACAGAUGACCACAUUUUGUCAGAAAA